UCUUGCACUCGUGGAAAGGGCGGUUGCCUAAAAUUAAUUAGAUUAGGACAAGUAUGGACUUUAAUUCUAGCACAUGGGAAAACUGUGUAUGAAAUUUUUACGCCCUACAAAAUGAAUAUUACGAUUACACGCCACGAGCGCAUCCAGCAUGGGAG